CACAAUUCAAUUCCAUAUCAAGAAAGCAGGUACACCCUACAUAACAAAUACAUCUAUAAUUACAUAUUAUACUUAACAUAAUUACACCAUGGAGGGCGACACUGAAAAGCCAACAGAUGCAGCAGAGACCGUUUUGGAGAUUGCUGUAGAGGCGGCGGCGGAGGUAGCAACCGAAGCGCCAACUGAAGCCGCUGCUGAGGAAGGAGAGGCCACAGAUGCUGAACCGGAGCAGUCAGAGGCAGCAGAAGGAGAAGAACAGCAACCAGAAGGUGCAGCCAAAGCGAAAACAGAAGAUCAGACUGACAACGAAGAGGAUGGCGAGAAAACUGAAGAACAAAGAAAAGCUGAGCGUAGAGAGCGCUUGAAGGCGCAACGUGAUAUGCGCUUCAAAACUGGAGAUUCCGUAGAAGAGAUAAUAACCAGUUACGUUCCAUACAAAGCUGACGAGGAGCAAGAAGAAGAAGAAGAAGGCGAUGAUGGGCUCACAACUUUACAAACUGAGUACACAUCUGCGACCUCAUCUUCGACCUCAUCUUCUGCCUCCGCCAAGUCAGAUAUCUCUGAGCAGGCAUUGGAUGCGCUGCUGAAUCUACACUCUGAUAAUGAGGAUGAAGAUGAGGACGAAGACUUGCUUGCGCCACCACAGGGAGCGGACACAGUCAAAGCUAAGGCAGAUUUCUUAAACUUUUUUGAUGUACCAUCACUAUCGGACAUAUCCGAGGAUGUUUCAAUAGUGCAGCCAGUCGUGCGUAAAAGCCGAAAACAGAAGCGAGCUACGGAGGUAGACCCAACUAGAGAUGAGGGCAAAUUUGUGGAUAGGCUAACAGGACAGCCGUUAGACGAGGAUGAGGAGGAGCUGCCGGUAGAAGAGGAACAGGAAAAACCCGCCGAGUCGACCGAAAGCUCAAGCUCAAGUGACGAUAGCGAUAAGCUGGCCGAGCUUGAUCUGCUGCCCGGCAUACAAAGCUUUGUGCAACCGACAGAGACCGCUGAUGCGAUGGAAGUCUUUGUGCACUUUCAGCAGAGUUUCAUCAAGCCCAGUUCGAUAGUAGUGGAUGAAGGAGAGAUUGAGGCUAUGCGACAGAAGCGUGAAGUCCUGCAGAUCACCAUUGAUUUUCUAUUUGAGCUAUUCAACAACGUUGUAACCGAAGCUGAGAACGUGCAUGCGGACACGGCGCUCAAAGCCAAAUUGAACAAUGAAAAACUGUUGGAUAAAAUGAUCGAUAUGCGCGAUAGAUUAUACUUUGAGAAGGAAAUCAAUCAAUACCUAAAUAGCAAAAUGGGCGAUUAUUACAAGCGUGCCAAGAACUUUAGAGUGUUUUCCAAGAUGGAGCGGACUGCAAGCGAAGUGGAGCACACCAGAUAUAAACAGGCGCUUGUGCUGGUGGAUCACAACAUGAAGCUUGCUGCGGAGGCUAAGAAGAAGAAUGCCUAUCUAAUGUCCAGCGUGCUCAUGGAUCUGCAGUAUGUGCAGAACAUUGCCUUUCACUCCGAAGAGCACUUGGAGGAGACUAUAAUGCGCACCUUGGUGGUCAAUAAUUCGGAUCACUUGCGGCGCUUAGUGGAAAUGGAGCUCAAGCGCAUGAAUCUAAAGCGCAAUGAAAUCAGCGAUACGCGUCUGUUUCUUAUAACCAGAAAGCAUACGCUAGCCCGAAUUACAGAUAAAAUCAAAAAAUUGGAACAAAUCAAUGAGGAUCUCUGCAUAGAUGACUUUAUAGCCAUACAGAAUCAAGUGGUAGCCUUGGAUAAAAAAAUUGAAGAGCGCAACAACGAUCUAAAGAAACUGCGUUACAAUUACCACACCGAGCUGCAUCUCACUCAACACAAUCGCGAGAAGGCGCUCUCCCUAGUCAAGAAACUGGAUCACAACAAGUUCAAGCUACGUCAACAGCGCACUAUACAACGUAAUCUACGUGAGAGCUUAUAUCAGGCUAAAUUGAAUCGCGGACGUAUGCGCAAGCAGCACUCUGAUCUCUCCUUCCAGGGCGGACUGCUCUCCAUGCCAGCGCUAAUGCAUGACUAUGACGUCACCGUUGCAAAGGUGGAGGCCAAGCAACUGAAACUACGCGAACUGCGCGAGAAUUGUAAGCGCGUCAAAAUGCGCAUCACAGAGCUGGAAACACGCUGUACUUAAAACAGAUAACUAACUAACUAACAAUAAAUAAACGCAAUAUAAC